UUGGGCCAAAUUAAUCGAAAAAAGAAGCGCGGUCGUCGACUGCAUGAGCGCAAGUUUAUAUUCGACUGGGAUGCUUCUGAGGACACUUCAACCGACUAUAAUCCAUUGUACAAACAACGUCAUGAGGUCCAGUUCUUCGGGAGGGGCCACAUUGCCGGUAUCGACCUGAAGUCCCAGAAGAAGAAUCAGUCGCAGUUUUAUGGCAAUUUGUUGGAACGAAGAAGAACCGAUGCCGAAAAGCAACAAGAAGCUAAACAUCAAAAGCGACUGAAGGCUAAGGAAGCUAAGCAGAAGUGGGACGACCGGCACUGGUUGCAGAAAUCUCUCCAGGAGAUGACCGACAGAGAUUGGCGUAUCUUCCGCGAGGACUAUAAUAUCAGUAUCAAAGGAGGUAACGUUCCAAAGCCGAUGCGCACAUGGGAUGAGAUCAAUUUACCGACAGAAAUUAUGGAAAUCAUUAUUAAAGUUGGAUAUAAGGAACCGACCCCCAUUCAACGACAGGCUAUUACCAUUGGCUUGCAGAAUCGCGACGUCAUUGGCGUGGCCGAAACUGGCAGUGGUAAGACGGCUGCCUUCUUGAUCCCCUUGCUUGUGUGGCUUCACAAAUUGCCAAAGAUUGAAAGGUACGAAGACGUAGAUCAAGGACCAUAUGCUGUCAUCAUGGCUCCAACUAGAGAGCUGGUGCAACAGAUUGAAGAAGAGGCUAUAAAAUUUGGCCAGCCAUUAGGUGUGCGAACGGUAUCCAUCAUUGGCGGUCUUUCCAGAGAAGAUCAAGGAUUCAAACUUAGAAUGGGAUGUGAGGUUGUCAUUGCUACACCCGGACGUUUGGUAGAUGUGUUGGAGAAUCGUUAUUUGGUACUCAAUCAGUGUACGUACCUGAUUCUUGACGAAGCGGACAAAAUGUUGGACAUGGGCUUUGAACCGUACGUCCAGAAGGUCAUUUCCUACAUGCCUGUCACCAAUCUCAAACCAGAUACAGAAGAAGCAGAAGAUGAAGCGAAGUUGAUGCAGAAUUUCUUUACGAAAAAGAAGUAUCGUCAGACGGUUAUGUUCACGGCAACGAUGUCGUCGGCCGUUGAACGCUUGGCACGCACGUAUUUGAGGCGACCCGCCUUUGUAUACAUCGGUGCUGUCGGAAAGCCAACGGAGCGCACCGAGCAAAUAGUGUACAUGGUGUCUGAGAGUGAGAAGCGUAAGAAGCUUGUCGAAAUAUUGGAGAAGGGUAUCGAACCGCCCAUCAUUGUUUUCGUCAAUCAAAAACGCGGGGCCGACGUGCUGGCCAAAGGCCUGGAGAAAUUAGGGUUCAACCCUUGCGUGCUGCACGGUGGAAAAGGACAAGAGGCAAGAGAAUACGCUCUGUCAAGUCUGAAGGAAGGUACAAAGGAUAUCCUGGUUGCGACAGACGUAGCCGGUCGAGGCAUAGACAUUAAAGAUGUUUCUCUUGUUCUUAAUUAUGACAUGGCGAAAUCGAUUGAGGACUAUACUCACCGUAUUGGUCGAACUGGCCGCGCUGGAAAGUCAGGCAAAGCGAUUUCCUUUCUUACCAAAGACGACAGCCAAGUGUUUUACGACUUGAAGCAGUUGUUAUUGGAAAGCCCGGUUUCCGCGUGUCCCCCUGAACUUGCCAAUCAUCCAGACGCACAGACAAAACCUGGAACCUACGCUAUGAAGAAACGGAAGGAAGAAGUUCUUUAUCGCGCCUAA